AUGGCCGCGCCGGUUUUGGUUUCGCCUAGGAAAUAUAUUGCACCACGAGGACAGAAUUGUGGCGAAUUAUUGGAAGAUGGACUGCAUUCAUCAAUAUCAAUUUGCUCGGAAGAAAAAGAAAGCUCCGGCAGUCGCUUGAGCAUACCUAAAACUGACAACGCGUCCGUGUUUGUGUCACAACACAGCAGGUGGGCCUUUCCUUCCAACUCCACAGACUUAUCAGGCGUGUGGAAGCCUCUCGUUACGGACCAAUUUAAACGGGACUACGAUGAGUAUCUUCAAAACUGCAGUCAGACCAUCUUCUUUCGGAAUUUAUUUCGCUCAACGGUUGGCCUCACGCGAGAAGAAAUUGUGCAAGAUGGGCGUAACCUCCACAUGACGAGUAGCAAUCCAAUGGGGCAAUGGAAGCGCUCACUAGUUUCCUCGGGCUGGGAAACAGAUUGUAACGGUGAAGGUGCCAGAAUGCCAGAACCUAUUUUUUCAAAGUUCAAAGACCCCGACGGCGAUGAGGUGGAAGUGGAAGCUUGGUGGGAAGACGAAGGUACCAAGCACAAGUCCAUACUUCGCGGCAAACCCCGUGUAAAGGGCGGAACUUUUGUUACGUCACGGUAUCUGGACGCUACCAAUGGCGAUAUCCUAGUCUGCGACUCAUCAUUCGAGCCGCCGCAGUCUAACGAACUGGACUUGAACGACCGGGAGAGCAAAAGCUCCCAUUUUCGCCCAGGUUUCGUUCGAUGGAAGUACAAACGCCUUGUAUAA